AUGACAUCGCAAUCAGAUUUCGACCCAUACGAGACAUUAGGUGUUGCAAAGGAUGCGACCUUGGCUGAUAUCAAAUCUUCACAUCGGAAACUUGCGCUAAAAUGCCAUCCCGACAAGAUCAAGGACGAAUCUCUCCGCAGUCAGGCCCAGGAUCAAUUCCAGAAAGUCCAGCAAGCUUAUGAACUCCUCUCCGACGAUAAGGCCAGGGAAAAGUAUGACAACAAGGUCAAAUUGGCGGAGCUAAAGCGCGAGAUGAUGGCGCGCGGCGCUUACUCAAAAUCGGCAACCCCCCGUGAAUACCGAGACGGACGCUACUACGAGGAGAGGGCCCCAGCCGACGCUCGAUCGUCCACCGAAGCCUUCUUUGAAGACGAGGGCCGGUAUACCGCAUCCCCACGGCCCACAUCGCGAAAGCACGACGAUUAUGGGGCGCGCCCGCGAUCCAGAGCUACAGAGGAGAAGAAGCGGUCGUCACGAGGUGUGCCGUCUAGUUCUACCCGUGCUGCAAGGGAAGCUCGCGAAAGCACUAGAGCCAGCCGAGCGGAUCAGGACCGGAUCCGAACCAAGGAACGGAGACGGCAAGCCUAUGAUAAAUUCUAUGCAGAUAACUCUGACUCCUACGACUCUGAUGAUUCUGUGGGGCCGGACAGGACCUACUACGUUCCUCUUAAGAUGCCCUCAUCAGCACGGCAUCGUGAUUCUAAGGCUAGACCAACCGAGUCAAGUCGCCGGUCUGAGGCUCGACGCCGCGAUUUAUCCGAAGAUGAGUUCUCUGACGAACGGGACCACAAACAUGACAAUCUCUAUUCUACCGCCCAAAGCUACAUUCGCCGCUCAAAGGAAACUGUCACUGAGGAUCGGCGACACCGGUCUUCCCGUUCCCCUCUUCGCUACGACUCGGAAGAACCAGAAGUCUCGUCCCGACACUCUCGCCCAAAACGCUCCAGCCGCGACACUGUCAGACCUUCCUCUUCUCGCCACGGCUCACGCGAACAUCUUGGCCCUCGCGUGCACGAGAAGGUACCGUCAAUGCCAACUCACGGCACGUACCCCGGCGCAAAAGCGCCUUCGUCUCCUCGGCCUUCGCACCCACCUUCAAGAUCUUCAACGAAUGUACGCUCCUCGUCGCGGUCUAACCGAGAAGGUUCUCGUCGACCAGAGACGGCUCAUAUCUACCCGGAUGCCCCGUCGCGCACGACAAAGCUCAGGGCCGAGAAACCCGAUUCGGGUUACGCAAGCUCAAGUACCCCUGAAGCUACUGAGGCUUCCCCCAAGUCUUCGCGCCACAAGCCGAUCAUACUUGACCCCAGUGUCCCACACAGCCCGCACAGCGCACACAGCGCCCAACCGCCACCCUUGAGACACUCGAAAACAUACUCGCCUCCUCGACAAGAGCGACGAACGCCUGUUCGGAGUUAUACUUACCAGCCUUCCACUCGCCAGCUCUUCCGAGAAGUUUCUAGCAAAGAUUCACAUCUCAAAGAAGAGCUGAGGCAUGCACGGGAAAUUCGGGAGGUCCGGGAACCAAAAGUGCCAGUGGAAUAUAUUCGUGCCCCUCACUCCGCUUCGUACCGUGACGACUACAGUCAGCACAUGAGAAGACGCGAAUCCGCUUCCGCUUUUUAG